ACUAACGUUUUAAAAGUUGCACAAAGGUACUGAACUUGUUAUAAGAGGUAAAUAAUCUGGUGAAAACUUGUUAAACCGGUUGGAACAAGUUUUUGGUUUAUUAAAAAAAGGAAAAAUAAUUAAAUAGGGACACGUGUGCUUCGGAAAGGGGAAAAAAAGGCUAAUUUGUACAUCUGGAAACGAAAAACAUCAUUACCUUUCACCUUUCUCCCUCUUUUAACACACUCACUCUUCCAAGCACCCAGAAAUCACGAAAAUGGUGGCAACUUCAAUUUCAACCUAUUUUAGUUGUUUUUCAAUUGCUUCUAUGAAAACUAAAACCUCCCCAUUUCCAUUACUCUCCCAAAGCUAUCUUUAAUUUCACCCAAUUUAAUUUCAUUGCAUUUUUUUAAUUUUUAAUGUAGUUUCUAAUUAUUACGAUAUAUUUUAGGGAAAUGUUUGGGAGUAUAUUUGAUUAUCAAGGAUAAUUUUUAUUUUAUUUUUUUUGAUCCAAAAGAGGAAUUGUAUUCCAAUAAAGAAAAAGAAGAACAAGCAACAAAGGAACAAACAACUUGAGAAAGAAAAACGAAGAGGCAAAAAAACAAAACAUGCAAAAAAGAACUAAGAAGAUACUAGGCGUGAAGCUCAAGUAAAUCGAUUGUUUCCGUACUAUCCAAUUACUCUAGUGAUUAUUCAUCUAUUUCUGAUGCAAGGUGGAGAAGAUGGCUAUGGAGAUGAGUAUAUAUGGAAGUCGGUUUUUUUGGAGUUGUACCAGCUAUAAUUUAACUGAUAGAUUUCUUGAACAAUUGCAAACUUCAGUCCCCUCUUUAUUAAUGUCAGAAUUUUAUUUUUCCAUAUUUUAUUUUUGUUUGGUUAACCUGUCGUAGAAGGUCAAUUAUGUGGUGAUUACUCUAUCUGCAACUUUUAAAACGUUAGUACCUUAUGUGCAACUUUUGGCAAACGUUAGUACCUUCAAUUUGUAUUUACUCUAAUAACAUAACCUCACAAACAACCUACUACAACAUGAACAACAUCUACUGAUCAUCUUCAACCUCGAUUCAAUCAUCGUUGUCCUCGGCCUUGGCCUUGUUCAUACAAGUGAUGGCAGGUGUGUAGCAGUUAUAACUCGAGGCGGAGGUGAUAGUUAUAAUGGCAAGGUGACAUGGUUUGUUAUAAUAUCUUGCAUGAUGGCUGCUAUGGGAGGAGUACUUUUUGGUUAUGACAUUGGAAUUUCAGGUGGAGUAACAUCAAUGGAGCCAUUUCUAAAGAAAUUCUUUCCAAGUGUGUAUGUGAAUAUGAUGGAAGACACCAAAAUAAGCAACUAUUGCAAAUUCAACAGUGAAUUGUUGACUUCAUUCACAUCAUCUCUUUAUGUUGCUGGCCUUGUUGCAUCCUUCUUUGCUUCAUCCAUCACCAAAGUAUACGGCCGCAAGCCAUCCAUUUUGAUAGCGGGUUUAGCAUUUCUUGCUGGCUCUGCUGUUGGUGGUGCUGCUAUCAAUAUAUACAUGCUUAUACUCGGCCGCCUAUUGCUUGGUGUUGGAGUUGGUUUUGCAAACCAGUCUGCUCCACUAUACCUGUCAGAAAUGGCACCACCAAAGUACAGAGGAGCAUUUAACAACGGCUUUCAACUUAGUGUUGGAAUUGGGGGCUUGACAGCAAACUUGAUCAACGUUGGUACCGAGAAAAUCAAAGGCGGAUGGGGAUGGCGAGUCUCCCUAGCCACGGCUGUGGCUCCUGCUAUAAUCUUAACUGUAGGGGCAAUUCUGCUGCCUGAAACACCAAACAGUUUAAUCCAAAGAAGCAAAAACUCUCGCGCUACUGAUCCUAAUGAUCUUUUGCAUAAAGCAACGCUCACAUUGCAAAGUGUACGAGGUACUACUGAUGUUGAGGCAGAACUCAAUGAUCUUAUACACGCGAGCAGCACAAUUCCUGAAACAAAACAUGGCAGUUCGUUCAGCCAAAUCCUGCAACGCAAAUACAGGCCACAACUCAUAAUGUCAAUAGCUAUACCAUUUUUUCAACAGGUGACAGGGAUCAAUGUAAUCGCGUUUUAUGCUCCCUUACUAUUUCGUACAUUAGGCCUAGGAGAAAGUGCAUCACUUCUCUCUGCAGUCAUGACAGGGGCUGUAGGAACAGCCUCAACUUUCAUAUCAAUGCUAAUCGUCGACAAAUUUGGAAGACGAGCUUUGUUCAUCUUCGGAGGAGUUCAGAUGUUCAUCUGUCAGAUUGCUAUAGGGACUAUUAUGGAAACACACCUAGGAGAUCAUGGUGGGAUAAGCAAAGAGUAUGCUUAUUUGGUAUUGGUGCUCAUUUGCAUUUAUGUAGCUGGUUUCGGGUGGUCUUGGGGGCCAUUAGGAUGGUUAGUCCCUAGCGAAAUUUUCCAGCUUGAAAUAAGAUCUGCAGGACAAAGUAUUACAGUAGCAGUUAAUUUUAUCUUCACUUUUAUCAUAGCUCAGACAUUUUUAGCUAUGCUUUGUUGUUUUAAAGCUGGGAUUUUCUUCUUUUUUGGUGGGUGGGUUUUGGUUAUGACUGUGUUUGUAUACUUGUUUUUGCCAGAAACCAAGGGUAUCCCUCUUGAGAAGAUGGAUCAUAUUUGGAGGGAUCAUUGGUUUUGGGGUAAAUUUGUUGGUUAAAUUUACUUACAAAAUACAAAAACAAACUAGAUAGAAAACAAUUGUUACAAAUAAUACUAUACGACAUGUCAUUUUGGUAAAGACUGCAUAUUAUAUGGAAUUUGUGAGUUUUGAAGAUA